AUGUCAUGGUGUCAAACGGUAGUGUUUGCACGGCGGAUUCACGAUUCGAAACGGCCUCGUACACUACGCUGGGCGUGGGAAGGGGCCCGCGAAAGGUCUUCCGCUCCCCUGCCGUCCGCAGCUAAUCUAUGCAGGUGUCGCAAUGGCGAUAACGCAGGCAAUCUUGACGCACUUCAGGGUGCCCGUGUCGCAGGGCCCAGGCCCGCAGACACUGCUCUGCUGCGACGCUCGCUACCCAAAGGGGCCAAAUCUGGCGCACGCACCGGUGCGGCGCAGGGCGUCAGACCCUUCUUCUGGCUGGGUGUUGAGCCGAGCGCAGAGUUUUCAGCAGCGUCUGGCCCUCAACGGUCAAGCAGGGCGCGAGGUGGUGUGGUGAGGGCGGCAUGCAAGACAUUGGGGGGCAAAUUGUGGUCGCAGCAGACUGAUAGGCAACUGCUCAACGGAAACGAGGGCGCAUCAGUGACUGCGACCGACGCCGGCUGCAUGGCCCGCCGCCAGCAAACGGGAGCCCUCUACGGCGGGCUCGUGGUGCAGCACGCCCCUGUGCGCGUUCGUCUUUGCUGCUGCGCCUGCGCUCUGCUGCAUUGGCUGCGUGCGCUCUCGUGCAGCGUGUGCGACGCCAUGAGAGAGGCCAUUCGUCGUCGAGUGCAUGGGCUCCAGAAGAAUCCUUCGCGACCCAUGGCCUUCCCCGCACCAGAGAACGGGCCGAAACGAAUGACGAGGGGCCGCGGAGCAGGGUGCAAGCAAGCGACCGCCCGAUGCACACAAGCAGCAGAAGCAACGCACGCGCGGUGCCUCUCGACACUGCGGCAUUUGUCAGACAGCUCCACCGCGUCGCCAGCAUCAUGCCCGGCUUCGUCCGCAAUUAGAGCAGCUGGUGACAGCACGCCAGCGUCGCUUAGCUCAGCAUGGGCCCUCGGAGCUCGCGGUCGGAGACGUAUCGAGCUCCGCGAGCACACCCGACUCACACAAGCAGCCCAGCUCGGAACCCGACCAAGGCAUGCGCGUCUGGUGCAAAGUGAGGUGCUCAGUCCGCUGGCACGGCAUUUGGACGACUGGUCUCUCCGAGAUCGCGCCAUCAGAGACGCUGACAGCGAUCCGCAGGCGGUCCGCUCCACAGAGAAUAGGGGACAAGAAGGGCCGACGAGCGGGUCUGCCCGUCACUUGCCAUUCCACUUGCAAUUCAACCCGGGCCAGGGUCCGCUACUCACGGCUGGUGCCCAGCACACGUGUUCGUGCUUCACACCGGACCUGGGACAUCGACCACAAUCUCCAGCGUUGGCGUCACUGUCUGCGAGCACCGUGGCACGAGAAAAUUUUCACGGAACACGUCAGAGGCGUUGA